AUGGGAGUCACAAAGCAGUACCUUCGUGUUGCUCCAGGACCAAUUUUUGGAAUCGUAGCAAGCCAGAAGUCCAAUAUUGUCUGCUUUCCAGGCAUCAGGGCCCAGUCAUUCCGGUGUGCAGUUGGAGCCUGUGAAAAUGUUUACAUAUGGGAUCUCACUUUAAAAGAAAAGGUUUUGACGCUCCCAGGAGAGAAGCAUGAAGUGACUGCUAUCGCAAGAAGUCCCAAAACAAAUUUCAUGGCUGUUGGUUAUGCAGACGGAAGCAUCAAGUUAUUUGACUUGGAAACCUGCCAGUCUGAUGUGACUUUUCAAGGUCAUAAGUCAGCUAUAACUUGCCUGGCUUAUGAUGCUUCUGGUCUUAGACUGGUUUCUGGGUCCAAGGACACAGAUGUAAUAUUAUGGGAUGUUGUGAGUGAGUCUGGUGUGUUUCGGCUGAAGGGUCAUAAAAAGGAAAUCACACAGGUGACUUUCUUAAACCAGAAGGAUGUCAUUGUUACCAGUUCCAAAGAUACAUACAUCAAGUUCUGGGAUUUAGGGACACAGCAUUGCUUUUACACUGUUGUCGGGCACAGGUCGGAGGUGUAUGGUUUUUUACUGCUGCGGAAUGAGACCAGACUUGUGUCUGGGUCAGCAGACAGUGAGUUGCGUGUCUGGGACAUUCACUAUCUUGAAGAUGAAGUUGAGACAGCAACAGAGGAACUGCCAGCCAAGCGACGAAAGCUGGAAACAGAUAAAGACAUCAGUGAUGUCAAUCUUGGUGAGAGUGAUGAUGAAAAAGACGAGGAAGAAAAGGCAGCAGAUGAAGCCAUGCGAAUUUUAACCUGCAAAAAGGUUGGUUCAGUGAUGAGGCAAGGCAGAGACAGAUUGGUUACUCUAUGCACAGACCCCGACCAGAGGCUUUUGCUGUGUCACGGUACAGAUAAACAUCUUGAAGUCUUUCAGCUUCCUUCAUCAGAUGAUCUCAACAAGUUGAAAGCCAAACGAAUUAAAAAGCUGAGAAAAAAGCAUUUAGAUUCUGGACAGGAUGUCGACACUGCCAGUGUACAGCUGAAGCUAGAAGAUGAAAUCAAGUUCAUGGAGAGGUUCAAAUUCUCUGCCAAGUUGUGGUCCUUGCAUUGCUGUCUGGAUUCUGCCAAACAGCUGCGGUUUUGUGCUCUGCUGUCAGACAACAAAAUUGAGACUGGCCUACUCACCCUGGACAAGCAGAAGUGUACCCUAGGACCUGUAAUAUGUUUAUCCCAGGCUGGACACAGGACAGAUGUCCGGACAUUGAGUUUCAGCUCAGAUAAUACAACAAUAUUGUCUGCAAGCUCAGAGGAGGUCAAGUUGUGGAACAGGGAUUCCCUGCAAUGUGUCCAGACAUUUGCUUGUGACUACGCUCUCUGCUCCAUGUUUGUGAGUGGGGAUAGACACGCUCUUAUUGGAACUAAGUCUGGGAAGAUUCAGCUGUUUGAUCUGAACCAGGGACUGCUACUGCAAUCCUUCGAGGGCCACAGUGGAGCUGUGUGGUCAGUGGCCCCAAUGCCCGAUAAACGAGGUUUUAUCUCUGGUGGAGCAGACCAUGAUGUCAAGUUUUGGAAUUAUGAACUGUCCACAGACAAGAACCGGGAGACUAAACAAAAAGUUCUCACAUUGGAACACACUAGAACUUUGAAAAUGGACGAGGAUGUAUUGUGCGUCAAGUUCACGCCUGACCACAGACUGCUGGCAGUUUCUCUCCUGGACAACACGGUUAAAGUCUUUUUUGUUGAUACUCUAAAGUUUUUCCUGUCCUUGUAUGGCCAUAAACUGCCAGUCACCUGCAUGGACAUCUCAUCUGACAGCAGCUUGAUUGUCACCGGCUCCGCUGACAGAAAUAUCAAAAUCUGGGGUCUGGAUUUUGGUGAUUGCCACAAGUCCAUCUUUGCCCAUGAUGAAAGUGUGACAUGCAUUGAGUUUGUGCCCAAGACGCAUUUGUUCUUCUCCGGAGGCAAAGACAGAAAAAUCAAGCAGUGGGAUGCAGACAACUUUGAAAACAUCAUCACAUUGGAGGGGCAUCACGGGGAGGUUCGAACCCUGUCUGUUAGCCCUACUGGUGGCACAGUGGUCAGUGCUGCCCACGACAAGUCACUGCGCCUGUGGGAGAAGACAGAGGAGCCAUUGGUGCUGGAGGAGGAGAAGGAGGUGGAGAGAGAGAAAGAGGAGAUGGAGUCACUUUUGAAAGAAGGAGAGGAAAUUGUGCCUGGAGAAACUUCAGAGGAAGUGAAAAUGGCCGGAAAGAAAAACAUUGAAACAGUCAAGGGGACUGAGCGCAUCAUGGAGGCCCUAGAGAUUUAUGAAAGUGAGGUGGAGAAACUGAAGCUUUCCAAGAGUAGCCAGGGAGCAUCCUACACACCUCAUCCUAUGAUGGCCGCAUACAAGAGUGCAACACCAACUGAUUUCGUUUUAGAGACUCUUCGGAAGAUCAGAGCUAGUGAACUCAGUGGAGCUUUGUUGUCUCUGCCCUUCUCAUACGUGACGCAGCUGCUACCCGUGCUGGAUGCCUGUUUGUCUCAUCGCAGAGAGACUGAGCUUGUCUCCAAGUGUCUCAAUUUCCUCCUCAAGAUCCACCAUGGGGAAAUCACCUCCAACCAUGUCCAUCUGCCUGUAAUUGAGAAACUGAAGGACCAUUCUACAACAGCAGUUGAACAUCACAGGGACAUCACCGCCUUCAACAUGGCAGGACUGACCUUUCUGAGGAAGCUUGUGGAGGAGAACAACAGUGUGGUCAUGUUUGCAGACGCCACCAGUAAACGCAAGAAGAAGAAAAGAGCCAUGCUUGCUGUCAAAUAA